ACAAUAAUGGACGAUUUCGAGCACCGGGCCAUGACCGGGCUGUAAAACAAAUAUUUUUAAUACAGAUUUCACCAACCAUGAUUUGUUCGACUAAUUUAAAGCUGUCACAUUGUGUUAGUGAACCUAUACAAAAGAAAUGAAAUAACCAAAUGUGAAACCAAUGAAGAUUACGGUCUUAAACUUGAAAUAAAUUAGUGAAAUGGUGCAUAAAACAGAGGAAGAGGAAGUAAAAUCUUCUAUCUACCUGACUGAAGUUAUAUCAGAUGAUGUUGAGAUCGGAGAAGACUUCGGUAUAGAUCCUACCAAUAGAUUUGCCUUAGACGAAGAUGAAGAUCUGAAGACAGCAGAUGAUCCCGAACUUAAUAAAAUCAAAGUUCAAAUUUCCGAGAGUUUAGAAAAAGCUGAGUCUGUGUCAUCCAUUGUUUCAGAAGAAAGUGAGGAAGAAAGCAAUCCAGUUUUAUCAGAAAAUUUUACCACUGUAACAUAUGGCCUUCAUCCUAGGUCAACUUAUGAACAUGGGAAAAAGAACACAGAUAUUAUGGGAAUGGUAUACAACAGUAGAAUGAGACAGUUUGUUAUACUGGACACCAAGGGAAUCACUACAUGGAAAAGAGACAUGGUAGAUGUGAGAAUACAAAGAGCAUUGCUGUAUCCAAAAUAUGAAUAUAAGUUGAUUUCAUACCUGAUCUAUGCAAAGAAAUACAACUGCUACUUUGCUCUUGGGAAAGAUUUUUCAUUAAGGGUGCUUAACCAAUACUUUGAUGAGACAUGUAGUGUUAGUGGUGAUCUGAGAUCUGUACUCUUCAUGUUAUUUAAUCCUGUUGAAGAUGAACUUAUUACUGGUGGAGUGGGUGGCACUAAGGUUUGGAAGUUUGAAAAAGAUAACUCAAGACAAUUAUAUAAAAUGAAAGAACUUGCAAAUUACACUCUAAGGCUGAAAUGUGAAUGGGACAAUGUCGGUGGAAGUUGGGUGAAGAGAGUUGAUUUAGAUCAGACACUCAAACAUCUAUAUUGCUGCUCCGACACAGAUUUACAUGUCUAUAGAUUGACAGAUGGACAAACACUCUUUAAAAUUGAAAGAACCCAUAACAUGUCAAUAACUGGAUGUUGUUAUGUACCAUACUACAGGGCUUUGUUGACUUGUUCUGUUGAUACAACUAUUAAAGCAUGGAGUCUGAUAGAUAAACCAAAUGACAACAAAGCUUCCAGCGUCAAACGUCUGUUGCAUACAUUUUCUGGUCACUCUAGAGCUGUAUCAGGAAUGGUUCUCCACCCUGAGACACAAACCAUGUUUAUUACAUCAUCAUUGGAUGGAACAGUUAGGAUCUGGUCUUUAGACACAAUGGAACAGUUAUAUAGCACUACCAUUUCCUCUGAUGGACUUCUAUGGAUGGGGCUGACUGAUGAUAACCUGCUGUAUAUAAGUACAUGCCGCAGCAUUACAUUAUGGCACACAAACCAGUUUCUUAAGUUCUGGGCCUUGGCUAGAAACAAUGUUAAUAAAUUAUACCUGUCUGGUGCAGAGGAUAAAACAACUAGAGUGGUGGCUGUUUGUGAUGAUAGCAGUGUGAAGUUAUUUUCCCGAACAAAAAGGAAGAAUUUGACGACAAUGUUACCGGUGCCUCCUCCAGAUUUACUUCCCCUACAAAAAGUUCUUAGUGUCUGUUACAGCCGAGAGUUCACAGCCAUUUACAUUCUCAUAAAUCCAACUAAAAUUUGGGUGUAUACUGCAAGGACUGAUCCAUGUUGUAAGAUAGGGGAGAUUAAUGUUCUAAGAAUGCAGCAUGCUGACGUGAAAGGAAAUGGACAAACAAACAGGUCUCCAAAAGUAGCAGCUGUAGGCAAAGGUCCAGCACACAGAGCUACUGAACAUGGUAUGGGAAAUGAAAUAGCUGCAAAUUGUUCCAGUCUCAGUAACCUGAAUAGUCCAGCCAUGAUGUGGACUGAUGAAGGAUUUUGUAGUCCUAUUAGACAUAGCUACUUAUUGAUGGGUCUAGAGGAUGGAAGAGUCCUUUUCACAGAUCCUGUUAUCAUUGGUCAGAAAUACAUGGAAUUUAAAGCGUCUAAAGAUGCUAUAUCAGAUAUGAGACAUGAUGAAAACCAUAAUUCUUUGAUAACUGUAUCCCGGUCUAAAGAGUUGAUGAUGGUACAGAUCUGGACCCUGCCACAAUUAGAACUUAGCCAUGAACUGUACUGUGACGUAGAUAUAACAAGCUAUGCAAGAAUUAAUUCCUCAUUUUUGAGUGGUCAUGAAAGUGGACAUUUGAAUUAUUAUUUACUAGAACCAGCUGAAGAUGCUGGACUUUUCAAGGCUAAACAGGAACCUAAAAGAGAAGAUAUUAUUCCUAAGAAACAAAAAGAACACAGAAGUAAGAUUGUAUCAGUGGAUGGAUCAUUAAACGUGAAAAUAUUUUGCUCGUGUAGUGAUAAUGGAAUGAUUAGAAUCUGGGACGAGUUUAAAGUUUUACUCCGAGAGAUUUGUUUAGAUGAUGAGGGAGCCACCCUGUCAUCAGCAUGUUUCCUUGACAACCUGGCUAACAUGCUGGUGGCUUUCAAAAAUCAUCUGUAUAUAAUAGAUCGUAGUAAAGUUUGUCCUCAGAUUAAAGGAAUAGAAGAUGAGGAUACAUUUGAUAAAGAAUCUCAUAUCUCAGAAGAACAGUAUGUGUUAUAUGAAGGCAGCAUUUUCCAUCCAGAACCAGUAACUCUAGAAAAUUAUCUUGUGCCAUUUCCAGAUAAAAAAUUUACCCAGGAUUUUCUUGAAGGAAAAUUAGACUCUGAUUCUGGAGAUUCUGAUGGGGAUUCUGAUACAGAUUCCACCCUGUCGUUUGCUCCAUCAGAUAUAUAUGACUCACCUAUUCUGACCCCAGAUAGUCUGUCCAUGUGGGAUCUAACCAUGGAUUCUGAAGUCAGCAAAUUUGACCUUUUAGAACACAUGAAGAGAACAAUUAAACAUCUAAAGCAGAAAGCGGAAGAUGAACAAAAUAACCAAUUAGCUUUACAACAACGAAAUAAACAUAAGAUAAGAUUGUUGACUAUGAGUAAAAAAGAAAGAAAAAAGAGACGAAAGCAGAUGAUGUUAGCCCAACAGAAUGGAGAGGUUCCAGAUUUCAAUGAUAAUGAUGAAGAUGAUGAGAAAUUAAAGUUUGAAAUGCCACAGUUUGGAAACUCUCCUGGUCCCACCCCUGUACAGACUCCUUCAGGUAGCAGACCAACAACACCUGAUGACACAGAACAAGAGAAAAUAGAGCAAGCUACAGAGAAACACAAAGAUGAACUUAGAACUGUAGAAGAAAUAAAAGCUGCGUCGCCUGGAUUAAUUGAUUCAAUUAUAGCUCAGAAUAAGGAGAAAGAAGAGCAAGAAAAGGCUAAAAAAUUAGCCAAGACAGCAAAAUUGUCAAAAAAUAACAAAAUGCAAGGAAGUGACCCUGGGUCAUUUUCUGUUCACUCCCAUACAAGGCCAGUAGACAAUCAGGCAGUGGAUAGUGUUUCUGGUUUUGAUGAUGAAUCAAAACAUGGCGGUCAGAAACCUACUAUGAGAAACAAGCGAAAAAGUGUAAAACAUUCAAGAGAAGCUGGUAUGUCAGAAGGAAGCUCUGCACAGCAGCAACAACAGGAAACUUUAGAACAGGAAACAGGUACAACAGAGAAGCAGGAGGAAAGCAAGAAGACAGUAGAAGAACCAGAAGACAGAACCAGUAAAUAUAACCUGAAGGAUGUUAGUCUGAAAGAUUUAUCUAAAGGAGACAAAGUUGUACGGAAGAAGAAACGUCCGGACUCAACAAGGAACAAAGAAGCUGAUCAUGAUCAUAAGAAGGAAGGAAGUAGUGAUGAAGAGGAAGAACUAACGGAGGUACAAAAGAAACUUAAAGAACAUAAACUAAAAGAACAAAAAGAUCUGAGAAGAAAACAAAUGUUAGAACGCAGAAUACAACAAAAGAAGAAAGGACCAACUCCGGAAGAAUUACUAGAAUUAAAAAGGCAAGAAUUACUGAAACAACAAAGUGAGAGAAUGGAUAUAGCUCCUCAUCUAAGGCCCAAACCAGCUCCUAAUAUGAAACCAUUGGACAAUCAAUCACCAGAGAAAUUCAAAGAAGAUCCUAUGAUAAAGGUAGACGAUCAAUCUAUGAUGGAGAGCAUGGAAGAACAGCUCUGGGCUAUGGAAGCUGGUGUAGAACCCAAACAACAAGGUUUAAUGGGAACUAAACUUGAGUUACCUCCCCUAAGGAAAGGGACAGGUGCUCUUGGGAUUAAAGCAAAAUAUAAUCCAGACAGACCAAGGACCAUGAUAGGGGAUAGAAGUAAAACACCAAGCAUGGCCCCAACACCAACAAGAGAAUUGGACAGAUUGGACACACCAGAACCAGUUCAACAGUUGAAACCUGGUGGACAAGAUGACGCUUUGGAUACAUCAAAUAAAGCAGUGAAUGAGUCAACUAGGAGAGUAGCUGAUGGAGAAGAAGGAGACCUCCCUGAAGUAGGAGAUGAAAUGGACCCCCGAUGGUUGGAUAGACCAAGGUCAAGGAUUGAUAGGUCUGGAGCAGAGACCCCUACAGCUGCACUAAGGAGACUUAAAGAACAAAAAGCUAACUCACAGCCCAUCAAAGUUAUUUUACCUCGAGAGACAGAUCAGCAGCUUGAAGCAUCACGUGCAUCUCCAAUAUCUGAAGUAGAGGAAGGACAUGCACACCAGUCAAUACAUGAUGCUGAUGACGAAUUUACAGACAAUGAAGAAUUCAAACAGAGACUUCUUAAGAGAGGAGAGAAGAUGGAAGAGCAAGAUGAAACAUUGUUAACAGAGGAGGAAAAAGGAUUGGCUCAUCAAAGACCUUAUUCUUCAUUCCAUAGAAAGAAAAUGUUACCAGUAACUGGUGAAGAAAGAAGACCACAGACAGCUUUUGCAAGAUUUAAAGCUGAGUUGGAGAUUUUAUUAGAAAUCCCAGAAAACUUAGAGGAACUCCAAACAGCAUUUGAUAAAGCUAUGGACAAGUUUCAGAAGAUACCAGGGACACCACAGACUGCAACUAAAGACAAACUUUUACACAGAAACAAUGGUUUAAUGUUUGAUGAGAACUGGCCAGACAGGGAAAUUGAAAGGCAUUUAUUGCUAAGAAUGCAGAAAGAACUACGAACUAGGAGUGCCUUAAAGAAAAGACAAGACUGGGAGGAUAAACUGAAUGAGAAAAGAAAACUAUUCACAAAGAGAACUGUUGAUAAUUAUUCAGUUUCUGGUACAAGUACAAAGUCAGAUUCUUAUAUCCUGGGUCAAAUGCAGAGAGCCAAUACCUCACAUAUGUCCCUGAACACUGGUCAGCCAACAGUAACGGUCAGAAAAAGACCACAGACAGCCUACGCAGCUUUACAACCAUUUGAUAAGAAAGAGUUGAAAGCAGAGAAGCCUUUUAGGUACAAAAUAAAGAAAACUCCAGAAGUAUCACGACCUCCCAGUAGAAUAUUAAGUCCAGAACCACAACCAGAUAUACGAAUGUUUGAUCCAAGGAAUCCAGAUGCAGUUCGUCCGACAACGGUUAAAUCUAUACCAAGUAAAUGCCAACGAUAUAUUCUGGUGUCACGUCCUAAAGAAAAGACUCACUUACCUUUACCCUCGCCACUAGAGGAACAACUUUUAGCAGAACGAUUCCCUGGUAUUGGGAUGAAAGUGUACCAACAACAUACUGAACUAGCUCUCAAAGCUAAGAAAGUAUCUUAUUGUGUGGAAUACACUCCCUUUAGUUACUAGCAGAGUUAUCUCUCUUGGUAUAAACUUUGAUGGAUCUCUUAAUAACUAUGUUGAAAUAGAUUUACUGUUUAAUAGAUUAUAGUAAUCAUGUAUUGAUUAGGAUGACAGUAAAACCACAAUCUGAUGACCAGUUCAGACCAAAAAGAUGUCAGGAUGUGUGUGACAAUUAUUCUGUCCAUUAGAAUGAGAUUACAAGACUAGCUCAGCUACUGCUUUCAUCCUAACACUUUGAAAUUUUUAUAAGUUUUUGACAGCGUAUAUUUAUUUUCAUGAAAACUUGAAAUUGAAUAAUUUAAUUUUUAAUUUUUUUAUAAUACAAUGUACAUGUAAUGCAUUGCAUUCUGUUUAUUUUACUAUUCAAAAUUUGUCCAUACUUGCCAAACUAACAGAUAUCUAUAUGAAGGACAAUUUUGUGUUGAUUGUUUGCUAUGAUCAGUGUUGUCUUUUUCAAGCAUCCAUUUGAUGGAUUAUAUUUUUUCUAGACUGGAUGAUUUUGAAAUUGUGAAUUUGAGAUAGAUUAAAAGAUAUAUUGUAUUUAUUUUUGUAAACUGCCAAAAAUAUAAGACAAACAGGGUUCCUUGUACAUUGUAUAAUGAAAUGUCAGCUAAGAUUCAGUGCAGACUUUUUGUCCUGUGAUUUUGAAGUGAUUUCUGUAUGCUAGCUUUCUGUUUAUAUGACAUCAAUAAUACUUUUUGAUUAUCUAGGGAUUAAGGCAAUGAAAUCAUUCUAGUUUCUUGCCUACCAUGACUUAGCACUUCCAACCUGUGCUUUGUUUUUUUUUAACUGAAGUUCAAUUGGUUGAAAGUUCUAUGAUGUUGAUAACUCUUAGAAAUGAAGAUAUUAUGUAAUUAAAUAUUUCUAUAAGAUUGCCUGACCAUGAGAAAAAUUAUAGAUGUAGGGAAAAAAUGAUACAUUUAGAUCUUAUAAGUCUACACCAAAUCUUUUUAUUCUUAUAUACAUACUCAUGUCUCUGUAGAUUGCUGUGAUAAACUAUAGUGCCAAAUGACUGUAGCAAUAUUUAGCUUAGUCAGCAUCUUUUUGUAAGUUUUGUGAUAACUGAACAUUUUGUUGCUUGUAGCAAAUUAUUUGAUAAUUUGUUUAUUAAAUGCAAUUUUUAUUUUUACUGUGAUAGUGACUGCAAAUUUUAUUUAUUGAGUAUUUUGGUCAACAUGUGAUGGACAGUUAUAUUCUGAUGUUAGAUACAAGCUAUAGAGAUACAGUCAUGUCAUUAUAUUGGCUCAACCUGUUCUCUUCAAAUAUAACCUGACAUCAUCUAUGCUGUAAACAUUUUUGAAGAUGAAUUUUUAGUAUCUUUUACAAUCAAAGACCAUAACAGCAGGAUUUGACAGUGCUUUAUGUGUUCCAUUUGAAAUUAAUAAAAAGUCAUUUUGCAUGGUGUGUUGUUGCCAAGGUUAUGGUGUUUGGUUGCCAAUGGGUAUGGUAUGUUGUUGCCAAGAAUAUCAAGAAUCUUGGUAAAAUUAUUACUUAGUAAUAUAUGUGGUCUGAUAUAUUGAUGAAUUUGUAAAACAAGUAUUUAUAUAGUAUAGUAUAGUAAGUUGCUUGUUUCUGUUAUUAUGUGUUUCAUAAAUCUAGGUAGUGAUAGUAUGCUUUUGAAGUCUGCGAACCAAUUUUUGUCAGUUUUACUCAAAGACCAAUCUGAAAUUCUACCGUCCAUCAACAUUUGAAUAGAAACUGAAAUUUCAGCUAACUAAACAUGAAUAAUUAUACCAGUUUAGCAGGAGUAGGUCCUCAGAUAGUUUACUUUUAAAAUUUAUUCACCAUUGGAACAUGUUAAUUCCAUCCUAAUACCCUGCUCAUCAUUCAAGAUUGCUGUCUCUGUUGAUCAUGGGUCAAAGAUGAUGAAUAAUGAGAUUUUCUAUUCCUUAUAUAAUUUUAUAUGCUUGAAAACUUUUUUAAUUAUCACAGAAAAUUUUGAGACAAAGAAAAAAGAAAUGAAUUUUUAUAUAAGCUUAAAAACUUUUAAAAUGAUACAUUUUUUGUUGGCUAUAUUACUGUGAUAGAUGUCCUAAAAACUACAAAAAUUGGUCAGUACAGUACGACUUUAAGUGUAUGAAUCUUGCUAAAUCUUGUUAUUGUAUAUGUUGUUGAAAUAAUAAAAAAGUAAAGCUUA